CUGUCAGGAAACGGAUGGCUUCGUUCACAGAACCAAUGGGGAACUAAAAACGUACGUUCCCACAACUUCCAAGGAACCAAAUGUGCUAGCUGGGUAUGCACACACUGUUUGCAUUAUGUAACGCCAGCAUGCUGCUGUCCGGUCGAAAUGUCGUGCAAACGUCCCGGAGGAAUAGUCCCCCGCAUUCUAUUCUACAAGCGAUAGCGAGGUAGGAAGGAAAGGAUCCAGGCAGGAUGUCUACAGCCACAGCCAUUCAAAUCCAGAGAUAAUUGUAGCUGUUGAACGCCGUAACGAUUGGCAACAUCACGACAUUUGUAAUAGGGGCACCGCACUGGUCGACCUUGUGCACGGGAGAGAAGGGACUGUUCGGAGCCGGAGGGUGUAGCGUCCACUUUGACUGAAGGCUAUUCUCCUUAAACCUCUCUUGAUCAACCAGAAGCCACGACCAGCAGCCUGGACGGAUACGUGCCAGAGAAGGCAUACGAUAGCCAUAGCGAGGAAAAUCUAUUUUUGCUUCAACAACACAACAUGCCUACCGACAUGAGCGACAGCACAUCUGCGUUGCGUUGAUAUAAGCCGUUCUGCACAUUCAAGAGCUCAGGUCGUUUGGAGGCCUGUCCCUGACUCAGAAGCCCUGGAGAUAGGCCGGAUCAUAGAGUGAUUCCCUAAACCCUGCCUUUCACAUCACCUGCUCAGUCCGAAACGCUGGUUUGACACGCCUCUGGACCAUCCCCGAUCACGUUCACCCACCUACCCACACCCCUGCAGAACUGCGUCUGAAACCCCUCACUUCUUCAAACCUCUGCCUGCUGGGAUAAAUGAGUGGAAGGGCUGGAGAGGAUAGGGCUGGGAUAUGUACCAGAACCCACACAGAAUGUCCUGGUUUAGUGGCUUCCUAGUGGCCAGAGUGGAUGACCGAAAGACCUCGUGGGGGGAGCGAAAUGGCAAGAAGUCCAAGCAGAAGGGAGGCUCAUCCCUUUGCAACCCGCGUUACAUGAGCUGCCUGCGGGAUCCGGACGCCAUGGAGCCCCCCUCUGGAGCCCCCCUCCACCCCCACCACCGCGGAGGGCCGGCUGGGGCGGCGGGCGGGGGGGGCAACUUUGGCGUGCGCUGCAUCUGGCAAGAGGACCACUACGGCAAACGGGGCGGCGCCGCCGGGGAAGUGGUGGGGCUCAAAUCUGUCGACAUGGGCUUUGAGGAUGGGGACCUGAAAGGGAGGAAGGUGGGGUGUAGAGGGGGUGGUGGGAAGGGAGGGGAUGAGGGUCCCAAUGGGGAAGGUGAGGUGACGGUGGCGGACUGCUGGCUGCGGGUGAUGCAAGUGUUCCAGUCCAAGAAGUUCCAGUCUCAUAAACUGGAGCGUCUGUACCAGCGCUACUUCUUCAGGCUCAACCAAAGCUCCCUCACCAUGCUGAUGGGGGUGCUGGUGAUUGUGUGCGGCGUGAUGCUUACCUUCCAUUGUGUCCACGCAACCCCGGACGUAGCCUACUCCUCGGCCCUCUCUGUGGCCAUGGCCCUGUUCAUGGCUCUCAUGGUUGUGUGUAACCGGAACGGCUUCCACCAGGACUACAUGUGGAUGGUGAGCUACCUGGUCAUCGGUGUGCUGUUGCUGGUGCAGGUGUUCGGGGUGCUGAUGGUGGCCCCUCGCAGCGCAUCUGAGGGCAUCUGGUGGUCUGUCUUCUUCAUCUACAUCAUCUACACGCUUCUGCCUGUCAGGAUGAGAGCAGCCGUGCUGAGCGGAGGGGUGCUCUCCACCAUUCACCUGGUCACCACCUGGCAGUUCAACCAGGAAGACGUGUUCCUCUGGAAACAGCUGAGCGCCAACGUGCUGAUAUUCCUGUGCACUAACAUCAUUGGGAUCUGUACCCACUACCCUGCUGAGGUGUCUCAGAGACAGGCCUUCCAGGAGACCAGAGGAUACAUUCAGGCCAGACUACACCUGCAGAGAGAGAACCAGCAGCAGGAACGCCUCUUGCUGUCUGUGUUGCCAAGGCAUGUUGCCAUGGAGAUGAAGGCUGACAUCAACGCUAAGAAAGAAGACAUGAUGUUCCAUAAGAUCUACAUCCAGAAACAUGACAACGUCAGUAUUCUGUUUGCGGACAUUGAGGGUUUCACCAGCUUGGCGUCUCAGUGUACGGCUCAGGAGUUGGUCAUGACGCUCAACGAGCUCUUCGCCCGCUUCGACAAACUAGCAUCUGAGAACCACUGUCUGCGUAUCAAGAUCCUGGGGGACUGUUACUACUGUGUGUCUGGGCUGCCUGAGCCCCGCGCUGACCACGCCCACUGCUGUGUGGAGAUGGGCGUCGACAUGAUAGAGGCCAUCUCGCUGGUGCGUGAAGUGACGGGGGUCAACGUCAACAUGCGUGUGGGCAUCCAUAGCGGCCGUGUGCACUGUGGGGUGUUGGGACUCAGGAAGUGGCAGUUUGACGUGUGGUCCAACGAUGUCACACUAGCCAACCACAUGGAGGCUGGGGGCAAGGCAGGGAGGAUCCACAUCACCAAAGCCACCCUGCAGUAUCUAAAUAGGGAUUAUGAGGUGGAGCCGGGUUUCGGAGGGGAGAGGAACGCCUACUUGAAGGAGAACAGCAUUGAGACCUUCCUGGUGCUGGGCUGCAGCCAGAAACGGAAAGACGAGAAGGCCAUGAUGGCCAAGAUGCAGAGGACGCGGUCCAACUCCAACGAGGGCCUGAUGCCUCGCUGGGUGCCCGACACAAGGUUCUCCAGGACCAAGGACUCCAAAGUCUUCAGACAGAUGGGGAUUGAUGAGUCGUCCAGCAAAGACAACCGUGGUGCCCAGGAGGCAAUGAACCCUGAAGAUGAGGUGGAUGAGUUUCUUGGGCGAGCCAUCGAUGCUCGCAGCAUCGACCAGCUGAGGAAAGACCACGUCAAGAAGUUCCUGCUCACCUUCCAGACCUCUAGCCUAGAGAAAAAGUAUUCGAAGAAGGUAGACGAUCGCUUUGGGGGUUACGUGGCUUGUACCCUCCUGGUCUUCUGCUUCAUCUCCUUCAUCCAGAUUGUCAUAUUUCCACACACCCCAGUCAUGCUGGGGAUCUACAUCAGUAUCUUCAUCAUCCUCGCCAACAUCCUCUUCAUCUGUGCCAUAUAUUCCUGCAUUAAGCUGUUUCCAGCUGCGAUGCAGAUCGUGUCAAAGAAGAUAGUCCAGUCUCGUACCAACAGCACUCUGGUGGGGGUGUUUACCAUCAUCCUCGUCUUCAUCUCUGCCUUUGUCAACAUGUUUGCGUGUGACACAGAGAGUUUGGUGGACUGCAUUGCCCGGGAGCUGAACAUCUCUGUUUCCAUGGUGACACCCUGUCUCAUCCGCAACCUGUCUGUGUCGGUAGAUGGGGGUCUAGAUAUUUGUCCCAGCCAGGGCCCCUCAUGUCCCUUCCCAGAGUAUUUCAGCUACAGUGUGCUGCUGACCCUGCUGGCCUGUUCAGUAUUCCUCCAGAUCAGCAGUAUAGGGAAGCUGGCCCUCAUGCUGCUCAUCCAGCUCACCUUCCUGCUGCUGGUGGAGUGGCCACAGGUGGCGCUGUUCGAAAAUGCUGACCUCUUUGUCACCUCCAAAGCCCUUGAUUUCAAUGAAACUAUUCAAUGGUCCAGUUUCAAUGAAACUACAGUUGAGUGCCCGUUCAGUGUGACCAAAGUAUCUCUGAGAGUCAUGACUCCUGUGAUUCUCACUGUGUUUGUGCUGGCGCUCUACCUCCAUGCCCAGCAGGUGGAGUCCACUUCACGCCUCGACUUCCUCUGGAAACUACAGGCCACAGAGGAGAAGGAGGAGAUGGAGGAGCUUCAGGCCUACAACCGCCGUCUCCUCCACAACAUCCUGCCCAAGGACGUGGCGGCUCACUUUCUGGCACGUGAGCGCCGUAACGACGAGCUCUACUACCAGUCCUGUGAGUGUGUGGCCGUCAUGUUCGCCUCCAUUUCCAACUUCUCUGAGUUCUAUGUGGAGCUGGAGGCCAAUAAUGAGGGAGUGGAAUGUCUUAGGCUGCUCAACGAGAUCAUCGCCGACUUUGACGAGAUCAUCAGUGAGGAGAAGUUUCGUCAGCUGGAGAAGAUCAAGACUAUUGGCAGCACCUACAUGGCCGCCUCGGGUCUCAAUGAUUCCACCUACGACCGUGAGGGCCGCUCCCACAUCACGGCUCUGGCCGACUAUGCCAUGAGACUGAGGGAACAGAUGAAGUACAUCAAUGAGCAUUCCUUCAACAACUUCCAGAUGAAGAUAGGUCUGAAUAUUGGGCCAGUGGUUGCAGGGGUGAUUGGAGCACGGAAGCCCCAGUACGAUAUAUGGGGGAACACGGUCAACGUAGCCAGUCGCAUGGACAGCACAGGAGUCCCAGACCGCAUUCAGGUUACCACGGACCUCCACCAGGUGCUUUCAGAUAUAGGAUAUGUUCUGGAGUGCCGUGGGGUCGUUAAAGUCAAGGGCAAAGGGGAAAUGACGACCUACUUCCUGAAUGAUGGACCGCCGAAUAGUUAGCAGCCGUGGCAGCACUAGCCGGGACCAUUCCCGCGGCAGCACUACUGAGGGAGGACUCGCACCGCGAGCUAGCGGCUAACAACUAGCGAUGCCAUCACUUGAAACCCGAGCCAAGAGAAAAGACUUUGAGACUCCAGGACUUGAGAAGGAAAAUGUUCUUAUGUGGCAGCCAUGUUUUGGCUCCCGCACACAUGGAAGGACAAGUGUUUUUCUCAUGUCUAGCCUUUCUCUCAGGCUACUUUAAAGAUGCAAAGUCUGUUUAUUUAAAACAACGCCUUUAGCCUGUGUCAAAAAAAGAAAAAGGCUGUACAUAAGGCUACUUUUUAUUUGACAUCAUUUUCUGUGAUUGUUUAGGUUUUUUUUCAUUAUUUUUUUUCAGCAGAAUUAUGAAACAGGUACUCAUGUUUUAUUUCUGGGUUACUUAUUUAUUUUAAUCUUGAUGUUUUGUGCAAAAAUUCCUUUAUGAAAAAGUCUGAAUACAUACGUGCACAAAUAUCCAGUUUAUUACACGUUUAUAAGUGUGUAUGUACAUGCAUAUUUGUGUGUAUGAAUAUGUGUAUAAAUUGAAGGAAAAUAUUGACCAAAGACCAAAGUAUUUACGAAAAACAAGGCAAGACAUGUCUGUUAUGUUCUCGCAAAAGUCUGCAAUGAUCACCAACUCAAUCUGUUGCACGGUAGUACCCUCAGUCUUUUUAGUACAGUGCUGGCAAAUGCUAUUAAUCAAUAUGGGCAAAAUGUGUAACAACUUUCAUUUAGUUUAUCAAUCAGCCAGCAAAGAGGUCCAGUACAGUUGAUCAUUAAUGACAUCUAUAUGAUUACUCUGCCUCCAUCUCUAAAAUUAUUAUUAUGUUAUUUAAGAUUAAAUAGAGGCUGGUAGCCUUUUUUAAGUCCUGGGGAGAGGGUUCAACCUGUUGGUUCAACAAAAUAAGAGGAAAUAGGAUGGUCCCCCCCUCCCCAACCCUUGUCAAAUUUGUUGCCCCCACCAUGGCUCAGUCCAGCUAUAACAGUUCGAGCACCCAAGGCACAGUUGUAUACAGCAAAGGCCUACUGUCAACUGCUCCACCCCUUUCAAAUGUGUCCCUUUCCAUUUGUUUUGCAAAUGGAAAUGAAAGGACUCAAAACUAAAAAAAUAUGUUCCAGAACCAGAGGGGAAAGCCUGGGCAUUAAAUACAGUGGUACCGGACAGCUGCCUAAGAUGUUCCAGAACCAGAGGGGAAAGCCUGGGCAUUAAAUACAGUGGUACCGGACAGCUGCCUAAGAUGUUCCAGAACCAGAGGGGAAAGCCUGGGCAUUAAAUACAGUGGUACCGGACAGCUGCCUAAGAUGUUCCAGAACCAGAGGGGAAAGCCUGGGCAGUAAAUACAGUGGUACCGGACAGCUGCCUAAGAUGUUCCAGAACCAGAGGGGAAAGCCUGGGCAUUAAAUACAGUGGUACCGGACAGCUGCCUAAGAUGUUCCAGAACCAGAGGGGAAAGCCUGGGCAUUAAAUACAGUGGUACCGGACAGCUGCCUAAGAUGUUCCAGAACCAGAGGGGAAAGCCUGGGCAUUAAAUACAGUGGUACCGGACAGCUGCCUAAGAUGUUCCAGAACCAGAGGGAAAAGCCUGGGCAUUAAAUACAGUGGUACCGGACAGCUGCCUAAGAUGUUCCAGAACCAGAGGGGAAAGCCUGGGCAUUAAAUACAGUGGUACCGGACAGCUGCCUAAGAUGUUCCAGAACCAGAGGGGAAAGCCUGGGCAUUAAAUACAGUGGUACCGGACAGCUGCCUAAGAUGUUCCAGAACCAGAGGGGAAAGCCUGGGCAUUAAAUACAGUGGUACCGGACAGCUGCCUAAGAUGUUCCAGAACCAGAGGGGAAAGCCUGGGCAUUAAAUACAGUGGUACCGGACAGCUGCCUAAGAUGUUCCAGAACCAGAGGGGAAAGCCUGGGCAGUAAAUACAGUGGUACCGGACAGCUGCCUAAGAUGUUCCAGAACCAGAGGGGAAAGCCUGGGCAUUAAAUACAGUGGUACCGGACAGCUGCCUAAGAUGUUCCAGAACCAGAGGGGAAAGCCUGGGCAUUAAAUACAGUGGUACCGGACAGCUGCCUAAGAUGUUCCAGAAUCAGAGGGGAAAGCCUGGGCAUUAAAUACAGUGGUACCGGACAGCUGCCUAAGAUGUUCCAGAACCAGAGGGGAAAGCCUGGGCAUUAAAUACAGUGGUACCGGACAGCUGCCUAAGAUGUUCCAGAACCAGAGGGGAAAGCCUGGGCAUUAAAUACAGUGGUACCGGACAGCUGCCUAAGAUGUUCCAGAACCAGAGGGGAAAGCCUGGGCAUUAAAUACAGUGGUACCGGACAGCUGCCUAAGAUGUUCCAGAACCAGAGGGGAAAGCCUGGGCAGUAAAUACAGUGGUACCGGACAGCUGCCUAAGAUGUUCCAGAACCAGAGGGGAAAGCCUGGGCAUUAAAUACAGUGGUACCGGACAGCUGCAUAAGAUGUUCCGGAACCAGAGGGGAAAGCCUGGGCAUUAAAUACAGUGGUACCGGACAGCCGCCUAAGUUUGAAUCGCUAACGAGUAUUUUCUAAAGAAAGAAGGAAAUAAAUAUAUAUAUAUAUAUAUAUAUAUAUAUUAGGCUGAAUACUGUGCUUUGUAAUCUUGAAGGGGCAUAACUAUUUUCACUGUGAGGUUUUUAUGAUACUUCAAACUGAUUGCCUAACUUAACUGCUUUAAAGCAUGUCUGAUUGUGGUAUCCUGUUUUCGAUUCUGUUUGUUUUAACGUUGAGUAUUUUUUUUAUCACCUCUGUAUUCAUAAUUUGUAUUAACCUUAUGGUUGUUGUUAUUAUGAUGAAUUAUUACGCUUAUUAUGAUGAUUCCAUUCCAACGAUAAGGAUCAAAGGGCAGAACGCUUUCUUGUAAAAUGCCAGACGUAAAAGCUCAAGCUCAAUGGUACCAACUGAUCAACUGCAGCCAACUACAGUAUUUCAAACACUGGCCCUAGAUUUGAUCACACAUACUCAUUAGAUGUCGCUUUUCCACAGAUAUACAGAUUGUACACUGUACCUUUUCAUUGAGCAAACACUACUGCAGGACUAAGCUCCUAUGCACUGAUCUCAUCCCUAUCAGAUUUCAGGGCCCUCCUCAGAGAGACAGAACACAAUCAGCAGUGUGAGCAGUAUUAGAACUCUGUCUUAAUUGAACAAGCCACUGGAGAAUACAGUGGGAAGAGUUUCACAGAGGCAGAGAAAUCGAGGGAAGGAUAGACAGCCUGUGAAAGCUAAUGGAAAUAAUGUACUGACCUUAGCAUUGACUCAACACUGACUUUAUUUUGAUAAUUUUGACUUUCCCAUAACAUCAUCAUAACACACUUGACUAUGGACACUAAAAGUUGAUAAUGUUCGUCCCAAAGCAAGCUAAUAGCCUCAUGUUAUUGGCCCCUUCCCGUGUAGUGAUGUUUGGCCUUGAGCGUGUGGGACCGCCGUGGAAAAGUAAAGGUCUUGGGGUCAAUAAAUGACUGAGGUUGUGCCCAAUCGAGAGUGAUUAACAUAGAAAUAGAAUACAUAGAAUGGACGUGGUUAGUAAGAUGAUGCACAUUCUAUUCUAUUUCUAUGGGCUGUCUUGUCUUUGGGUUGGGUGGCUGUUAAUUGUUGACUCUUGGGAUGUUUUUAGGGCACAGAUGAGGGGAGGAGGGUCGUCCCAGAACUACUGAAAGUGUGUUUUGCUCAAGCCUGAUGAAUCCGGCCCCCUUCUUUUUGUUUUCUACCCCUGUGUUGAAAGAGUUCAGAAGGCACCGUUUUUCCUGAAGUGAAGGACAAAAAGAGUUUAGGACUAUGACAGACAAAAUAACAUUUCCCCUUGAAUAAUUUUUUAAAAUAAAAACAAUGGCUGUUUUA